AUGUCCUGCCAGCAGAACCAGCAACAGUGCCAGCCCCCUCCCAAGUGCACCCCCAAGUGCCCUCCCAAGUGCCAGACCCCAAAGUGUCCUCCCAAAUGCCCCCCUAAGUGUCCUCCCAAGUGCCCCCCUGUGUCUUCCUGCUGUAGCCUGGGUUCUGGGGGCUGCUGUGGCUCCAGCUCUGGNGGCUGCUGCAGCUCUGGUGGCUGCUGUAGUUCUGGUGGUGGAGGCUGCUGCCUGAGCCACCACAGACCCCGCNGGCUGCUGCCUGAGCCACCACAGACCCCGCAGAUCUCUUCGUCGCCAUCGCCACAGCUCUGGAUGCUGUAG